AAUGCCGAAAGAGGUUAUUCCGAGAGAAUUGCAUUCCACUGGAGGAGCAAUUCCGCUUCCAGGAGCAGCAAAUUCUCCUCAUUCCCGUGUUGAGCUUAUGUUGGAAGCCAGAGGCCUACAAGACUUGGAUAUACUCUCCAAAUCUGAUCCUAUUUGCAUCGUCUAUUUGAAGGGACUCGGAUUAAGGAGUGAUGAAUAUUUUGAAAUUGGACGAACUGAAGUGAUUUAUAACGAUUUGAAUCCAAAAUGGAAUACCAAAAUACAACUUGACUACUUUUUUGAGGUAUUCUUACUUUUUUCUUUAUAUUAUUUUAAAUUUAAGACAAAACAAAUUUUGAAAUUCGAUCUUUAUGAUAUAGACAAUGAGAACACUGUGGACCUGUCAGGCCAUGAUUUUCUAGGCAGUUGUGAAUGUCAUCUUGCUGACAUUUGUGCGACAUCAGAAGAUUUUUUGCGUUUGGAUUUGAGAAAUGGAAAGAAACAAAAAGGUGUUCUGCUUGUUCGAGCCGAGGAGGUGGAUAAUGGUCAAAAAGAAAUUGUCUAUUUGGUUUGCCAUGGAAAGAGGGUUGCUAUCCCCCAUUUUUGUUGCUCCUGUCUUUUUUCGAUUGAUCCUUUUUUGGAAUUCCAUAGGAUUUAUCCAAACGGAUCAACGCAGUUGGUGCAUAGAACUGAAGUUGAAAAGAACACAAUCAAUCCAGAAUGGAAACCUAUCGAAGUGAGCGUGAGGCAUCUUUGUGAAGGGGAUAAGAACAGGCAAUUUUUGGUUGAAUGUUAUGACUUUAAAAUUACUGGAAAUCAUAUUUUUCUUGGCUCUGCCAAAUUAACGGUCAAUCAAUUAACCUCUUCAAAAAAUCAAAGCCAAGUCAUUCCUCUUGAAAAGCAAAAGAAUUGUGAAAAGGGAGCCAUACAAUUCCUUCAAGCGACCAUUAAUCGAGAAUUUACUUUUUUGGAUUUCAUUAAGGGAGGAAUGCAACUUGAAUUUGCAGUCAGCAUUGACUUUACAGCAUCGAAUGGAAAUCCGAGAAGUCCAAGUUCUCGUCAUUACGUCGAUCAGUUUUAUCUUAAUCAAUACGAGCUUGCGAUAAAAUCUGUGCUUGAAAUUUGCGAGCACUAUAACACUAGCAAAUAUUUUGAGGCAUUUGGAUUUGGUGCAAAAAUAAUUCCAAGUCAAUAUGUCAGCCAUUUUUUCAACUUGAAUAUUGAAACCAACCAAUCGGGAGUAUAUGGAGUAAAAGGAGUUAUGGACGCUUACAGGAGUGUAUUGAGCCGGGUUGAACUUUAUGGACCGACAAAUUUUGAACCGACGGUGCGCACAAUGCUAGAAAAGUGUAAAACUUUCCCGAGAAACGGGUCAAGAUAUCAGAUUCUGUUAAUAUUAACUGAUGGAUUGAUAACAGACAUGGAACGGACAAAGUUGGCAAUAAUUGAGGCAUCUGUACAACCGCUGUCAAUUAUUAUUGUGGGCGUUGGGGAUGAAGAUUUUGCAAAAAUGGAUGAAUUGGACUCUGAUGAAUGUUUACUGAGGCAUGGUAAUUACGUUGCCAAACGUGAUAUUGUUCAGUUUGUUCCUUUUCGUGAUUUUUAUAGUGCUGUUCGAUCAGUUGACAGUAGAAUUUCUGAACAGCAACAAAUGCAAAUUCAAGUUGAACUGGCUAAGGCCGUGUUAGAGGAAAUCCCAUAUCAAGUAACAUCGUAUUGCAAAGCGAAUAAAAUUCAACCAUUGAACGGUUAA